CACUGCAACUUCAGUUACAAUUCUCAUCAUCCACUGGUUAUAUAUGGGUGUAUAGAGCCUCUUCAGUUUUUACUUGAAAAACCCAAUCACCAAAACAAGAGGCAAAAAUGGAGAUUGGGUCGAGAGACCAACCACCCAAACACGAAGAAAAACUGGAGAAUGGGUCGAGAAAAUGGCGUUUUCAUGGGAAACAAGAGCUGAAUAGAGCUUCUUCAUUAUCUGUUCGAGGUAUUCUUAAGGCGAUAACUGACAAUCUCAAUGAAGCUGAUCAAAGGCCGACCAUUAUGCUUGGCUGUGGAGAUCCCUCAGAGUAUCCGUGUUUUCGAACCACGCCAAUUGCCGAAGACGCCCUUGUUGAUGCGAUUCGCUCUGCUAAAUUCAACUGUUAUGCUCCUGCCAUUGGUAUUCUGCCAGCAAGAAGGUCUGUGGCAGAUUAUCUCUCUGAGGAUCUUCCAUAUAAACUAUCGCCGGAUGAUGUUUGUCUCACUGUUGGUGCCCGUCAUGCAAUUGAAGUAAUAUUGACAGUUCUUGCUCAACCUGGUGCCAAUAUCUUACUUCCUAGACCAGGGUAUCCAUAUUAUGAAGUUGUGGCCACAUUGAGCCAUCUUGAGGUCCGCCACUUCGAUCUUCUCCCAGAACAGGGUUGGGAGGUUGAUCUUGAUGGUUUGGAAGCAUUAGCAGAUGAUAACACUGUUGCCUUAGUUAUCAUCAACCCUGGAAAUCCCUGUGGGAAUGUUUUCACGUAUGACCAUUUGCAAAAGGUUGCGAAGACUGCAAGAAAGCUUGGAAUUCUUGUGAUUGCGGAUGAAGUUUAUAGCCAUCUAGCAUUUGGAGGUAACCCAUUUGUGCCAAUGGGAGUGUUUGGAUCAAUUGCACCUGUUCUUACAAUUGGGACAUUAUCAAAGAGAUGGAUUGUUCCUGGUUGGCGUCUUGGUUGGAUUGCAACUACUGAUCCCAAUGGCAUCCUUCAAAAAUCUGGGAUUGUUGAGUCAAUUAAGAGCUAUCUUGAAAUUGCUGCUGAUCCUGCGACUGUUAUUCAGGGGGCGGUUCCUCAGAUCCUAGAGAAAACUACUGGGUGUUUCUUCCAGAAGAUUAUUACUGUACUCACAGAAGCUGCAGAUAUUUGUUAUGGUGAACUCAAAGAGAUCCCUUGCAUUACUUGUCCACACAAACCAGAAGGGUCCAUGUCUGUAAUGGUGAAGCUAAAUCUGUUGGUACUAGAUGGCAUAGAAGAUGAUAUGGAUUUUUGUACCAAGCUUGCUAAAGAAGAGUCUGUUAUCAUUCUACCAGGUGUUGCUGUGGGACUGAAGAAUUGGCUCCGUGUAACUUUUGCCAUUGAGUCGACACCUCUUAAAGAUGGCCUAGGCAGAGUGAAAGCCUUCUGCUUGAGGCAUGCUAAGAAGGAAUGAGAUUUACUCGACAUUCAUCCAAUCUCAUCAAAUUUACCAACAAGUAGGUGUUGGUUCUCUUACAUUUGAUCUCUUACUCACUUGUUACGCUUGCAGUCAAUGGUAACAUGGAUUCUGUGCUGCUUGUGGCCGAUGUGUAUAAUUGUUAAUGCAUUUGUCUUGAUUUCUGAAAUAAUCUAAGAAAAGAACUUGUAGGUUUUAUGGAUUUCUUUUGGUGGAAGUUCGUUCUUUUUAUUUUCCUGGUUAAUUUUGGAAGUCAAGAAUCAAAAUUUCCAUUUUUUUUGUUCUGUGGAUGAGUAAUAAAAAAUUCCUUGUAUGAGGAAAUUAUGAGUUCUAUUUCAUCCUGAAUCCUAAUCAAG